GAUACGGGUGUUUGAAAACGGCCGAUAACAGUGUGUUACGCGCCAUGUGUGCCGAGAAAAGUGCGAAUCUGAUUCGGCUCUUUUGUGCCAUAUCUCUUCUCUAUGGAUUUCUUCUGUCAUUCGGACACUGUCAAAACGCGGAACCGCGUUAUCAAUACGACGCCAGAAAAAUAGGUGAUUUACGAGACGAUUUACAGGCUGAUGAUACAGAUCAGUCGUAUGUCUGGGAUGCGUCUCUCGAGGGUAAAAAGGCGCUCGAUGAGAGCGGCAGCUCUCUCUCAUCUCAAAACGCAGCAGAGGUGCCGGAGACGGAAGCGGAAACGUCGCCUCGGGCAAACGGAAAUAGGGACAAGGCCCUCGUUCCACCAGAAGGUGCUUCCAACUCGUCCCUUUGGUCGGCUUUGAAUGUCACAUCCUCGUCUCCGACUCGUCCAAAGGAAGGCGUCUACAGGUCACGUAAGAAGUUCCGCAAAAGCAAGGAAUCGAAAAAUUCGGUCACGAAUCGUCAACGCGAGGCCACCGAGGACGUUCGCGAGAACGAGAUCAGAGGCAAGAGAGGUGGAUCUCCGAAGAAGUCGAAAGAUUCACCAGCUCGAAGGUACCGUGCCGAGCGACGAAGGAGGAGGAAGAAUCGCGAGCGAAAACGCGGCAGGAAAAGAGGUAGACCGAACGGUGAUCGGGAUGGUCGAAGAAAUUCCAAGUUCAAGAGAAGAAUGAACGACGCACCUGCUGCCCUAAUGCUGGGCAAGACCGAGGGUAACCUUUCGGGCUACAAUUCGUCGGACGUGAGCUGGAGGGAGCAAUUUUCGAACGGGUCCUCGGUGGAUACUGCUAACACGACCUCGUCGAACCUGCAGGAUCAAUUGACCACCGAAUCCACGAGGAGAUCUACACAGACCACCUCGCGCUACAGGGGUCACGAGGACACGGUCGAGAGGGAAUUCUCGAAGCAACUCGAGAAGGAGAUCUCCCGCACUCAAAUGGAGGAUCCAGCCAGUUUGGAGAAUCGUAUCCUGGGCAGCUCGGUGUCGAGAGGAUACAAGGAAAUCGAACGUAAACAGGAGAGUUAUGCCGGAGAGGCAAAGUUCGGCAAUUCCAGAUACGAUGCCGAUAAAAUGUUGGGUUACUCGAAGACCGAGGAGGAUCUGCCUAUUCUGGAUCUGGAGAACGAGGUGCUGGCGAGAACCCUAAAGGAUUACAACGCUUAUAUGACGUCGAGCUUGAAGUUAUCGAUGUUGCCGCGACGAGAAGUCGAGCAACGAAAAGCUGGGGGAUCGCGUUUUUAUGGGAAACCCAUAAUCGAGCAAGCUGAGGUCGACAGGCUGAAAAAGAAGAGCACGGAAACGGCGAGCACCACCGAAGCGAACGACGAUGAUACGAAGGGAGAUUUAUCGUGCAUAAAUGGAACGUUCGUGCCAGCACCCCUCACGAGGCAUGCGCUGAUCAAAUAUGUAAAGUCCUCGAUACCUGGCCACGAGUAUUUGGAAGCUGACUAUGAAUGCGCUCCGGGAUUCUACAUGGCGAGCACAACAAGCAGGUUGCUUUGCAGAAAUCGUCAAUGGAUAGGAGAGCCGCCAAAGUGUAAGGUCAAGGAGAAUUUCGAAAGCGUGUGUGCUGAAGCUUUCUGUGAUCAUGUUUGUAAGGAAGUCGACGGUAGACCAGUGUGUUCCUGUUAUAAAGGUUUCCGCUUGGAAGACGAUAAAUGCGUAGAUGUGAACGAAUGCAAGGAUAACAAGGGAGGUUGCCAGUAUAAAUGUGUGAACACACCAGGAUCGUUUCGUUGUGAGUGUCCGAAGGGGAUGAAACUAAACGAGGAUAGAUCCACAUGCAGGGACAUCAACGAGUGUCUGUUAAACAACGGACACGGCCCUUGUCAGGAUACAUGCCGGAACACCAUAGGCGGCUACGAAUGUUCCUGUGAUGGUCUACGGGACUCCAUUCUGUCAGCUGACAACCACACGUGUCAGGAUUCAGGUCCAUGCAGCAUCAACAACGCAGGGUGCUCCCAUACCUGUCUGUCGACCAAGGGUCGAGUAUUUUGUCUCUGUCCUGACGGGUUCAUCUUGAAGGACGACUGGAAAACGUGUCAAGACGUGGACGAAUGUGUUCAGCCAGACUUACAAACGGAAAUGUGUCGUUACGGUUGCAUCAACACGCCAGGUUCUUAUCGAUGCGCUGAACCGAUGGAGUUGAAGGAUCAACCGAUAUUAGACACUUUGUCCAUCACCUGCCUACCAGGUUACGAAGCUACCCCUGAUGGAACUUGUAUCGAUAUCAAUGAGUGCACCGUUGACAACGGCGGAUGCACGGAGGUCUGCGAGAAUACGGAUGGCAGCUUCUUCUGCGCUUGCGACGGUGAUGAAAAAGCUUUGUCAUCAGACGGCAAGUCCUGCGUGGAUAUCAACAAUGUAUCCUGUCCACCAUUGAAUCCCGAGGGCCGAGGCUAUUUAAUGUGUUCUCGUAUGACAACACCAAAACCAUGGAGAGGUAGACGAAAAGUGACCAAUCGACCAGGUACCAAGUGUUUCUUGAAGUGUCCCCACGGGUAUCAACUUCGUGGCGAAUACGAAUUGAGUUGUCGAUCGGAUGGCUCUUGGGACGGUCCGAAACAAGGAGAGUGUGUCAGAUACAGCAAGCCCCGUUUAGAAUGUCCAAAAGACGUGAUAGCAGAAUUAUCACCAGGUCGAGACGAAGCAUUCGUCACGUUUGAUCAACCAUCGACGGAUCUUGAUUGGUUCCGAUAUGUUCGAUCAAAACCGUCUUGGGGUACCAGAUUGGAGGCAAAUCUGACUCCCGGUGUCCACGAGAUCACGUUCUACGCGAGGCACCCUGUAUCGAAGAAACAAACCAGCUGCGUAUUACGCAUCAUCGUCAAAGGUGGUGAAGCACCCAAAGUGAAAGACUGUCCAAACGACAUAGAGGUCACCGGGAAAAAUGGGACAGCGAUCACAUGGAAUGAACCAAUUUUCACGGAUAAUGUAAAGGUGACCCGGAUUAGAAGUAACGAGAGUCCGGGACGACGUUUCGAUGUCGGUGGGCACAGAAUAGAGUACGAGGCCAGUGACGAAGCUGGUUGGUCGAGCAAAUGUGUGUUCACCGUAGUUCUUCGUCAAGAAUGAAUCGUGUCAGGAGCUAUCAGGUAAGCGCGAGAAGGGGAAACAAGAAGAGGGAAUAAACGACGAUGAAGAAGGAAUCCAGGUAAACACGAAGGAGAGAGAGGUUAAGGUAGCGGCCCAGAAGAAUGACGAUAAGGUAAUAUAAAUGGAAAUGCUUUGGAGUCGCGUGUAAUGGAUCCCGUUUUAUCUGGAAGGUUAAGCGAGACGAGACACGGGUGCACAGGUGGAUGCGCGCACUUGUGUGUAAAUAUCGUUUGCACUUGUUUAGCAACGAGAGGGUUGCUUCAGGAUCAUCCAUGUACAAUAUCAACGUAGUUAAACAACAUCGUCAAUUCUUCUUUGUGUCGAUUAUAACAAUAAUAACCUAUCGGGAAGUUUGUCUUCAUACGAGGAAUUUUGCAUAACUGUAAACGAUGACUGCAUAAUUUCAAUAACUUUAAACGGUGGUCAGGUUACAAGGUGAAUAUACCCGUUAGCGAUCAAUCAUAUUUUAUUUUAUUCAGAGUGAUAGAUAAAGCCGAAUUCCUGCCCAAUGGCUGUCUAGCUUGUUCGGAUCCAGCUGUGUAAUAUUACACAUUUCAUAGAAGCGCCGGUAUCUGGAUUUGAUAGCGUGGAAUCGAACGUGUUGAGGCUGAGACUAACUAGAAACUAACCUGGAAGUUUGGAAUUUAACUCUUGAGAUGCAGAAGUUCAGAUUCCAGAAAGUAAAAUGUUUCGAAUAAAAGUUUAAUGGUUUUCAUAAAAUUCUGUUUUAAAUUUCUUUCUCAAGAUUUUAUUAAUAUAACGCACUCGUUAAAUCAUUAAACUUUUAUCGGAAGUUUAUUUUUCAGUUUCUAGCAUUUCAAGAGUUAUACAAACUCUGAAUUUCAUUUCGAGGUUAGUUUUUACGAUCUUAAAGAAAGAUUGGGCACGAAUAAAGCGUAUCAUAUAGCAUUAUAGUAAAAUUUAUAGAGUUCCAUGAACCCAAGAAUUUUUAAAGUUUAUUAAUUGAAAUCGUGUAAAUAAUCGAGAAUUGUAAAUAAACAAUUAAUUGUUUGCAAAUAUUGAAUCAGUUACUGUCGCGGAUGCUACAUGUUAUGCAACGUCCCGCAUGAAUAACGUAACAAAUGAUUGACAAGCACCCGUAUUUCCAUCGUUUUUUUUAACGAAAAACAGGUGUUUGCAAUAUAAAACAAUAUAUACGUUUGAUUCAUAAGCAUCAACGAUGAAAAUAAAAAUUGAUGAUCUUUGACGCGUUACUUCUCUCUCCACCGUGCGAUAACGUAUUCAGACUUCGGCAUAUAUUUCAUUCGAAACGGAAUAAAAAAUAAUAAAUUAUUUCAAUUCAUUUGCAACGUAGAAAAAAUAACUUUACUUUGAAAUUCAAAUAAUUUUAU